UCAAAACAAACAAUCGUAUCAUCUGAGUGGCAGUUGUGACAUAAGUCAUAGUUAUUAAAAUCUGGAAAUAUUUGCACAUUCUUCAUUAUUAUAAUUUAUUAGCAUAGUGUAUAUUAUCAGUUAUGGAUCUGUUUAAAAAUAUAUUAAAAGAUACAAAUAAUUUGCCAGCAUAUGUAUCUGCGUACGGCUGGAUACCGUUUGUUGUUGUAAUAUUGCUGACAUUCGUAUUCUCAGCCUUAUUUGUGCGGCAUUUCUGGUGUCGUUAUGAACGAGACAAAUGUGCUGCUGUAGCUUCAACUAUAGGCCUGACAAUUGCAUUGUUGGCUUCCUUUCUUUUGCCAUUGGAUGUAUUUUUAGUGUCAUUUAUGAAAAAUCCUGAUGGAUCAUUCAAGGACUGGGCAACAAAUUCAACCCGUGAAUCUCUGGAGCAUACUGUUACUAAUACUUAUUAUAGUCUCUAUGGUAUCAUAUUCUUCUAUACAUUUCUUGUUCUUCCCUUUGUUUAUUUUUGUUAUGAAGAAAAAGAUGAUGAUCAGGGAAAUGCUGUUAAUGUAGUUCCUGCUGCCAUAGCAUAUACUUUAGUUUUUCUUUUGGUUGUUUCAGCAUUGCUGUUAGCAGGAGCUUUCAUUCGAUUCAAAGCCCCACCUCCACAAAAUUCAACUCAGUGGGAUAAAAUUGAAUUCAUUGCUUUAGAGCUUGCUCAAAACAGAGGUGCAGAUGCUGUUAAAUUUACAGUUAAUGUCUUGACUAUCUAUGGCAUGCUGAAUCUUAUUUUAUACACUAGUUUAGGAAUGGCUAUAUUUCCAGUCAAUUUGAUAAAAGGAUUUCGCUCUUUUUCUGAUGAAGAAUUAGUUUUAUCUGAAAAUCAAGCAGCUAAUGAAGCAAAAAUUAAUGCUCUUAAAGCCAAACAAUCAACAAGAUCUCUAUCAUCAAGAGAAGUUGCUGCUUUAGCUGAUUUAGAAGAAGAAGAGAGCUUGAUUUCUCGUCGGGCAUUACUUUUAGAAACAGAAAGGAGAAGCAUAUUUCAUAAAUGUGGACCAUUUUUAAGAAUCUUCAGUGCAAUUGGUGGCUGUAUUGGAAUCAUCUUUUCUUUGAUAUUUUGUUCUUCUCUUCUUUUAGCCAACAUUGAUAGAUUAAUGCAUUCACUUGGUUACAAAAUGGGAUAUGCUUUGAAAGAAAAUUAUAUACAGAAUCCAUUGGAUUUCAUCAUGGUUGAAGCCCAAAAGGUCUUCCCUCUUGAUUAUAUCCUCUUCUUCUUCAGCAUCUUAUUCCUUGUGAUGUGUACAGUAUCUGGUAUGCGCUACCUUGGCAUAUGUUGUCUUUGCAUCCCGAUGUAUAAAGUGAGACCAAGCCGUACACCACCUCAAGGUUUGAUUAUGUUGUGCUUCAUUCUUAUGUUCUGCAUUCUUGCAUUUCAUAUCCUAGUAUAUUUUGUUAUUCCAACUUAUACAGUUUUUGGUAGUCAGUACUAUUGCGAGGUAAAUAAUGGGACAUCAUGUGAUCUUAAAGCUUGCAACCUGAAUGCCUCUUCAGAUGAUUGUGUGAUGACAAGAGGAGCCACUUUUAUUUUAACAUUUGCAUACAAAGCUUGGAUCUUUGCUGCUACCUAUUUUUGGUUGACUUGGGUAUUUUUAGCUGGUUUUCUUUUUGGCCUCAUUAUGACUGUAGUUCGGUCAAAACGAUCUGUACUUGAAGAAGCUAUUGAUAGAGAUGAUUUUGAUGACAGCUUUGAUGAUCGGAUGUUGAGAGCAUGAAUUGAAUGCAGUUUGGAUUUUAAAAAUGGGAAGUUCAUUGUAGUAAUAAAUAGUUAGUGUUACAAUAAUUGUUCAUUUACUAUACUAACGUGUAUUACUUUUGCAAAUAUCCUCUUAUAUUUGUGAGCAUAUGUUCAAAUGUUUCCUUUCACUUUUAAAUAAAAUAUAUUUGAAAGCUAGCUAAAUGUAGUGAAAGGCUUUCUUUAUGAAGUUGUAUUAUCUGUGAUAUGUAUUUAGUAUUGAAGCAUAAUAUUUAGUUGCUAUAAAUCAUCACCUUUACUUCUUGCCACUUGUAAGUGUAAUAUAUGUGUACAGUAAAUGCAUAAAUUAUAUCUUUGUAUAAACCAAUCACCAAAAUAUGAGGUACUGAAUUUUAUUUUGUAAAGAAAUGUUAUACUAAACAUGUAAAAAGAAGUUUUCCUGUUUAAUUAAAAUCUUUGAUUAUAUUUAAAUAUGAAUAUUAUUAAAAUGUUUCAUCAAAAAAAUUUCUCUUAAGAACUGUUACAGAUUUAAUCAAAAUAUUAGUAUUUUUAGCAGUUUCACAUAAUACUAAACAAAAUUCUAUCUGAUAUAAAAAAUCUUUUUCAUGUAUAUCAGUGUAGUAAGUAAUUGCUUCUUUAUUAUUAUUAUUAUACCAAGAUUAAGAAAUUUUAAAGUUAAAAUAAAAUAAAGAUUUAUUUGUUUGUUUCAUUUCUGAAACCUUGAAAACAGAAUUGUCAUUUCUUUUUCCUGUAAUAUUCUCGUUAUCAGAAACAUCAGAGAAAAUUUCAAAGAUAAUAUAUAAGUUAAAAGAAUUGCAUAGCAAGAUGUGUAAAAGAUUCUAGCAGAUGUUUAAAUUAAAAUUAUUGUGUAUUUUAAUGAAUAAGACCUUUUUCAUUACAGCUGUAGACUGUAAAAAUAUUGUUAAGUUUUACUUUUUAAAAAUAAUCAAUAUAAAACAUGUUAAUAUUUAGUAUGCAAUACUGAUAAAUAUCAAUCAAGUUUCUGUGGGGAAAAUGAUGAAUUUCUGUUAGAUUUUUCCCUCUUAAGAACCCUUGAAUUCUUUGAGUUUUAAUAUAAUUAUUAUUAUAGUAAGUUUGAAGGAAUUUUAUAAGAAUAAUAGUGCUGUAAUUUUUCUUGAAUAGUGAUGUGUUUUAAGUCUAAUUUCUUUUAAUGCUAUAUUAAAUGUUUAAAAGCGUCAAAAUUAUAAUUUAUUAACAUGUAAUUAUAUUAAACCAAAUUAAUAAAAGUUAAGGAACAAAAUUUAUUCUUAAAUUUAAUUAAAAUAUGGGAAACAGAAUGCACUGAUGAUAACAAAAGAAAAAAAAAAAGUUUCCCAGAGUCCAGGCAAAAUUAACAGGUCAUCUGAAAUCUCUACAUGUGUUACACUUAAGUGUACGUUAAGGAAUUAUUUCAAUAAUUUAAUUAAAAUUAAUAUCAGAAUAAAAAUAUGUUUUUGUUUAAACAUUAAUAAAAAAUAUUAAAAAUUUGUAUUUUAUCCAUUGUUUUGUUAUCGAAUGUAAUCUUACACAUUCUUAGUUGCGAAAUAUUCUCCCACCCUCACCACCAAGUGACAAAAUUUAAAGUAUGUAUACUUUUCUAUACUUCAUAUCUGAUUCAGGAAAUCACUCACUUACAUGUGAAACAUUUGAUCAAAACAAAUAAUAAAGGUUUGAAUUGCCAAUUAAAUAUUAAAUUAUUCAAUCCUUUGAGAAAGUUGAUGAUAUCAACAAUAGUUUUUCAUCUUGCAAAAUACUAUUUUUAAGAAAUCAAAAGUUUAACUGGAGGUAUUGUGAAGUUUAAGUAUAUCAGGUUAUUUAUUAUUAUCAGAGGAAAGAUGAUGGUAUCAUUGACAGUUUCACAUAUUACUCAUUCUUGCAACUAUACUUUCACCUGUAUAUGCAUACAGCUUAUUUUUAACUGAACAUCUAAUUUUAAAAAGCACUUCUUUCAUGUAUAAAAGCACUAAAAUUGUUUUAAGAAAAAGUGGAGUUUUCCUUUGUUAGUUAUUUUAAUUUAUUUUUAAUGGUAUUUUUUUUUCUUUCCAUAACCAGUCAUUAUUCCAUUUUCAGGAGUAAAAAAUGUUUGUUAAUUCAUUACACUAAUAUAGUAUACCUUUUAUGGUUACAGUAUUUUCUUAUCUUCUUUCUUCUGUUUCUUAUGUGCAUUAAAGAAUUGAAUGUAUUAUAGAGGAAUAAAGUUCAAUGUUAAAAUUAAAAAUGUUUAUUUUAAUUAAUUUGUUAUUGUAUUUUGUAUGAAACUUUUCUUCUAUAUUUAUAUGUAUGAAAGAUGUAUCUCACAUGUGUAUUGUAUUUUUCUGCAAUGAAAAUAUAUAUCUUCCUAUUAUGUUGUUUUGUAUAAUUUAACAUGUAAAUUAUUUUUAAUGCAUCCCAUAUAAAUAGUGUAUGUAUUUAA